AUAAAAAGAAUCAGUGAAACAGGUUAGGAAAGGUUAAAUGGAAGACAAAAUAACCAGUGGCUGUUGAAACGUGUGACUUGCGAGUAUUCCCUUCGAAGAAACAACAAAAACAAUGGCAGCUGUAUUACGUGUGAAACGUAGGCACGACGACGAACCAUUAAAUGCAUUACUAAUUGCGUGUAAACGAAGUAAAAGUGCAGACGAUCAAGAAGCACCAGAAUCGGCUGCCGCUGUUCCAUUAACGGCAGUUGUAAAAUUUGCCGGAACUGUUAAAAAUCAGGAAGAUAAUGUUGUCCAGCACUUAAUUCAGACUUUGGGAAAAGAUGAAUUGAAAGCAAAUUUCAAACAGCAUUCUGUGGAUAUUAUAAAUAAGGCACGAGAAAGGGCAAAACAGGCUUCAGCAGAGAAUCGUUACAAAGUAAUCAAUUGUUUCCGAUCUUUGGAUAGCACCAAUCAUGAAGUAUUGGAAGACAAGAUUAUGACAGUAAUAGAUGUGGAGGAUUCUGUCUCAUGUGCUGUUCCAAAGGAGCAUUCCACGCAAAAUGAUGAGGGUUACGUGUACGAUUUGUAUUUUGGACAAACUGAGAAUGAGUUGCACCCAGACAAUAUGUUAUUCGUGCAUCCAUUAGACCAAGAAUUAGUUUUUGAUACUUAUAGAAAUAAUCAUUCGGAUAUUGAAUGCGAAUCAGAGGAUUCUAAUUCAGAAUCUAAUUGGCGAAAUGAUUACCCCGAUUCUGAUCACUCUGAAAGAUCAAUCGACGACGAAGAUAUGAAAGAGGCAGUUAGGAAUUUGCGAUUGGAAGAUGGUUCGGAUUUGUCUAGCGAAGACGAUUUCGUUUACGCGGUCAAUGAAAAAGAUGUUGAAUCUUAUGGCUAUAAAUAUGCAAAAUACAAGGCACGGGUAAAAAAUGAAUUAGACGAGGAUGACAGCGAUGAUAGCGAGUAUAGCGGAGAAUACGUAUACGAGGAAGCAGAUGAAAAUAGUGAUUCUACUAAAGACAGUGAUUAAUGCUGAACUUCAGUGUGAUACUAAACGUAAAUCGUUAUGACAAAAUAACGAAUACUGUAUAGUAUAUACUUUUACAUAAGUUCUUUUCUACCACAUGCAGCUGUAUAGGUGAACGAUAACUUCAGUAUAAUUAUACUCGUAUUAUAAUUCCUUUUAUAAAGAUUUCAUUUUUCAUACUGUUUAAAGUAAUUUAAAUCAAUAUCUAGAACAUGUUUAGUUUUAUAAUUAAAAUUGUUUUCAAACACAAGUUAAACAA